UGGCAAUGCGCGCGCACAUCUCUGACGUCACAACCGGAAAUGGAUGUCUGAAGCUGGUUGACGCCAAUUAAACCACACGACCAGUUUUUUUUUUUCUUAAAAAAAUAAUUACCAGCCAUGGUUGGGAGAACUAGAGUGGUGCGAACAUUUUAUAAAAACAAUUACCAAUUCUUUAUAUUAAUAUUAUUGUUUGUAUUACUGCUAAGUGCCAUUUUGUUUUGGCCUAAUUCAAACAAGCCAUCUGAAGUUUACCAUUUCAAUUUUCAAACUGCUGAAAAAAGUAGAGAAGUUAAAAUCCUGUCAACUAGCUCCCAGCCAUUACCUCAUAACCAAGACUGCAUCUUCCACACAUGUAUGGAUGUUUACCACUGUGGAUACAAUGAUGAUACCAAAAUCAGUGUUUACAUAUAUCCUUUUGAAAAAUUUGUGGAUGAGAAAGGAAUUGGUAUUUCUCAGCCCAUCUCUCCUGAAUUUAUGGAAAUAGUACAGACAAUUGCUAAUAGUCCAUUUUAUACACUUUCGCCGGAGUCUGCUUGUAUAUUUGUUCCAUCUAUUGACAUGCUAAAUCAAAACACUUUUAGAAGUGAAGAAAUGGGACAAGCCCUUGCAACAUUACAUUCUUGGAACAAUGGGACCAAUCAUCUCUUAUUCAACAUGCUUCCUGGAGGCAUGAUGGAAUAUAGUACUAUUCUUAGUGUCAAGACAGACAAGGCUAUCAUUGCAGGAGGUGGAUUUUCUACAUGGACUUACCGAGAGACUUAUGAUGUAUCCAUUCCUGUCUUCAAUCCUCUUGUUGCUAAGGUUAAGCUCCCUAAUUUACCUAUCACUGAAACAAGAAGAUGGCUAUUGAUAUCAGCUCAGGCAGGUUUGCACCGUGAAUAUAGAGAAGAACUGAAUCACCUAGCGCGCGGAGAUGGACGUCUUUUGUUGCUCGAUCGUUGUCAGAGUGAUGAGAAACCUUCUAAUUUCUCUCAGAGAUGCCGGGAAUCUGUUGUCUACAAAUAUCCUGAAGUUUUACAGAAUGCUACAUUCUGUCUGGUUAUUCGUCGGGCUCGUUUGGGCCAGUCAGCAUUCAGUGAUGCCUUAAAAGCUGGUUGCAUCCCUGUUACUGUUGCUGAUGGUUAUGUAUUACCAUUUUCUGAAGUACUUGACUGGAAAAGGGCUGCUGUGGUCAUUCGAGAAGAUGAACUUGGCCAAGUGCUAAAUAUUGUGAAGGCAUUUUCAAUGGAACGAAUCUAUGAAAUGAGGCGACAAGUUCAGUUUUAUUGGGAUCGAUAUUUCAAGUCCCUGAAAGAUAUUACUUUAACCACUUUACAAAUUAUAAAUGAUAGGGUGUUUCCCUAUGCUGCACGCCCCUAUGAGGAUUGGAAUGAACCACCUUCACUUGGAGUUCGACGCCAAGUGUUUCUGCCCAUGAUUACACCUCAGUCACCUGGUUUUACUGCUGUCAUUUUGACCUAUGAUCGUCUUGAUUCACUGUUUAAUGUAAUUCAGCAAGUGGCUCGCGUUCCAAGUUUGGCAAAAGUAUUUGUUGUAUGGAAUAACCAAAAUAAAGAACCUCCUCAGAAUUGGCCCAAAAUAGGUAAACCAUUAAAAGUUGUGAAGACACGUGAAAAUAAAUUAGGAAACAGGUUUUUCCCUUACAGUGAAAUUAAAACAGAUUGCAUUUUGGCAUUAGAUGAUGAUAUCAUAAUGUUGACAGCUGAUGAAUUAGAAUUUGGUUAUCAGGUUUGGCGAGAAUUCUCAGAUCGAUUGGUGGGUUUCCCAUCUCGAGUACAUUUACUUGAUAAUGUCACUCAGAAGUGGAAAUAUGAAUCAGAAUGGACCAAUUCCAUAUCUAUGGUACUUACUGGAGCAGCAUUUUAUCACAAAUUUUACAACUUCCUCUAUACUUAUUCAAUGCCAGGCAACAUCAAAACCUGGGUUGAUGAACACAUGAACUGUGAAGAUAUUGCAUUUAAUUUCUUGAUUACAAACACCACAGGUAAGGCACCAAUAAAGGUCACACCACGCAAAAAGUUCAAGUGUCCAAAAUGUGUAAACACCAGUUUUCUGUCUUUAGAUUUAAAUCACAUGGUUGAACGUACAGAAUGCAUCAACAGGUUUGUAGAUAUAUAUGGCACUGUUGCUCUCCGAACUGUGGAAUUCCGGGCAGACCCAGUGCUUUAUAAAGACAACUUCCCUCCUAUGCUGAAGAAAUUUAAUGAUAUUGGAAGUUUAUGAUAAAAAAACCCAUAUGUAAAUAUCAUUAUUUUUCUUCCACGGUAAAUUUUAUAUUUUUUUUCAUUAACAUGAUGUUAUCAGUGAUAACACAAAUUGAUCUGUAUAGAAACAUAUCUACAAAACCUGGUUAUUUGUAAAAAAAGUCGACUUAAACAUAUAUUGCCUGAAUAUAAGGUGAGGCCUGUUUAUUCUUAUGCAUUAUUUCUGAAAAGUUGUUUGAUUUUUUUUAAUAUUUGAAAUUUUGCAAAGUUUUAAAUAUUAAAAAAAAGAGAGGAAAUAUUACAAUGUAAUAAUUACAAGAAUAUAGAAAGAAGAAAGUGAAAGGACUUGUGAGGUUUAAGCAUCGACCACUUCCAAACCUUAUUCUUUCUCUUGUGUUCUUGGGCAAGACACACAGCUCUGCUUGUUGCCUCAGACUACCUGACUGACAAGUGUUUUAUUCUUACAGCUUGAUUCUUGAGCUGUAAAAAUAAUUGAUUCCACCUUACACACACAAACCUUUAAUCCAUGAUUGCAUGGAAAAAUAGACGGGAGAAAAAAAAUUCAGUCAACUUUUAUAAACUUGUAGUUUAAAUAUAUAUAUGUGUGUGUUUAUAUAUGUAUGUAUAUUUAUAGCUAUAUAUAUAUAUACACGCUACUGGCAUUAUGUGAAACUAAGGUGUUUAUUGGAUACCUGUGUAUUCUGUUGAAUGUUUAGCAGUUUUAGGCCAAGUCUGAAAUGAACUUAUUUUAAUUCUGACCAUAUACACUUUACCAAGCUAUUUUGAUAGAACAUUUAGUUAUUUUGUAGAAAGUGUAGACUUUUUUAUGUUAAUUGUAGUAUAACAGACAGCAGGGACUGGACAUUUUAUUGAUAAAUUGAAAUUAUCAUAAUAAUAUCUGUUAUUAAUAAUUAGUAUAAUAGUAAAUUGUAUAUUAUAGUGACAGCUAUUAUAAUUGUCUAAUAUAUUGUGAUAUCUAUUAUAUCGUAAUAUAAUAGACAAGAGAGAUAAGGGUGUUGUAUUAAUGCUCUUAUACUGAAUCCUAAACAAAUUAUAAUAAUAUAUAUGUAUAUAUAUAACAAUAUUAGUAUAUAUAUAAUUUGCCUAUGUCUGAUUGAGAAGGGCAUACAAGUCUAAAUAAGGUACUAGUAGUGAAGUUGGGCUUAUGAUCCUUCACAUUUGUACUAGGAGUUUUAAGAACGUAGUGUUCUGUUCUAUCUUCCAGAUGAAAUUCUUUGACUAUUUUCUUUGUUUGUAAGUUAAUACUCAACAGGAUAUUUUCAAAAGUUAAUUUAUAAUUUUUAAGAAUUUAUUUCCUAAUCAGCGAAGAAUAGGGUUUGUAAUCCCAGUGGUAUAUAUUACCAGUUUUAUCUGCGUGCAGCUCCUUAACUGAUAGGUGUAACUUUAUAUCCUGAUUAUAUUCCAUUGUUCAUCUUCAAAGCUAGUUGUAGGUUACAUGGUAGAGUCUGCCAAAAUUUAAAUAUAUACUUUAAUCCAUUGUCAUUAUUGACUAGAUCAGUGUUCUCCUUCCUAUCAAAGUGACUCAUUCGCCAUCUCAUGUGGUGUAUAAAGGUGUUAGUUUUAAUCUAUCAGAUUUUUCAUUUAUUCUUUUUGGGGUGGUAGUGCUGUCUUUUAAAGGUGUAUUAAUGAAUAGUCUCUCCAUCACAAGGUAUUCCACUGUAAGUGCUUAGAGUUAUUCAAGUAAUAAUGUAAAGAAAUAGGGAUUCAAAAUCUGGGAAGGUAUCUUGUGAGCACUCUAAUACAAUCCCAUAUCUGGUUAACCACAUCAAACGAGAGGGAACAUUCAGAAUCGUUUAGGAUCAGCAAUUAAACUGUACUUCGUUUGAUUGGUAAAUCCCGAGUUCACUUCAUUGGAUUCUAUGUCACAUAGAGAGUAUAUAAUCAAGACAUGAUAAGGUAAAAUAGAGAAUCAUACAUCUUCAAAAUUUAUUUAUUAACUUUCUUCAUAUUCCAUUCUGACAUGUGUUUCUGCUGUAUAGGUGUCUAAUGCAGCCUUUGGAGCUCAAAUAGCCACAAAUAUAUUUGCAAAUUUUUCACUGUAUUAGAUAGACACUUUCCACCAUCUAGAAAAUACAGUGGCAUAUUCAAUAAGCACAUGAUCAGGUUUACUUUUUUGACAACCAGAAAUCUCGCCCAAGUUAUUGCAGUCUAUAAUUUUAAGAGAAUUAGAGAGUUCACUAAUGUGAACUCAAUAAACACAAAUAAUCACACAAAUAUAAAUAAUAAUAAUAAUAAUAAUAUGACUGGUAAUAAUCGCUAUCUGGUUGGGGUGGGGGGCAUGAUAUGAAUAACAGUAGGGAGGUAGUCAACAACUGUAUGGCUAGCAUAGUGGAAACAAUAAUGAAUUUACUGAAGUUAAUGUAAGGGAGGUAACUGAGCUCAAAUUACAUUACCAUUAGUUAAAUAAACUGAGCAUGGAAUCCAAUAGCACACCUAAUUUAAUCUUUUGUGAAACUAAUAUCUAGAGAGUAAUACCUAACACUCUAAGCAGAAUGUAUAAUACUUCUGAUAGUAACAGGCAUAAGGUUUAUGACAAUAGGCAUAAUUGUAACUGCUUGCAGGAAAAUGUCUCAAAAAUAAUAUAGUAUAUAAAUGGCUGAAGGUAUUUCUAAUUAUUACAUAGAUUCAUGUUCUACAGACUUUAAAAGAAGAUUAUAUGGUCAUUUUUCUUCUUUCAAAAACAGAGAAAAGAAUGAACUGUACAAGUUAGAGUGGGUUCAUUUGGACUUUAAAAGAUAGGGACACCAAAUAAUUAACCAUUAAAUGGUUUCUUCUUGGUAGUACAUCACCAUAUACUGAUGGGAGUCAGAAAUGUGAUUUCUGCUUGGAAGAAAUAUUCUAUAUUCUUACAUCAAAAUGCAAGUUAUUAAACUCCAGAAACAAAUUAGUGAUAAAAUGUGAUGCAGGAGUGGCUGUGUGUAACCAACUACAUGGCACCUUGGGCGAGUGUCUUCUACUACAGCCUCGGGCCGACUAAAGCCUUGUGAGUGGAUUUGGUAGAUGGAAACUAAAAGAAGCCCGUCAUAUAUAUAUAUAUAUACACAUAUAUAUAUAUAUGUGUGUGUGUGUUUGUGUAUCCGUGUUUGUACCCCCACCAUCGUUUGACAACCGAUGCUGGUGUGUUUACAUCCCUGUAAUCUAGCGGUUCAGCAAAAGAGAACGAUAGAAUAAGUACUAGGUUUACAAAGAAUAAGUCCUGGGGUCGAUUUGCUCGACUAAAGGCGGUGCUCCAGCAUGGCUGCAGUCAAAUGACUGAAACAAGUAAAAGAAUAAAAGAACAAUCAUAUAGAAAAGCUUUAAAAUAUUUUCCAAAUAAGUAAUUUUAAUUUGAACUCAGAUAGCAAAGCAUGUAAGAUAACCUCAGUGAAUACUGUUUGCUUUUCUGCUGAAGGGAAAAUAAUGCUGUAGUAUUUAUUUUUUAAGUCUGGUACUUAUUCUGUCAGUCUCUUUUUGUUGGACUGCUAGUUUAUGUGGAUAUAAACAAACUGACACCAGUUGUCAAGCAGUAGUAGUAGUUAUGGUAGUGGUAGGUACAAAAACAGAAACAAAAACACACACGCACACCUAAAUACACACAUACAUAUUGUGGUCAUUUCACACAUGUUACUCAGUAAUUUAUAGAAUAUCUAGGAAAAUCUGGAUAUCAUGUCCUGAAGUUUCAGAAAUUCUAUAAAAUGUUUGGAUUUUCCAUACAAGUUUGGUACAUUGUGAAUAUUUUGGAGACUUCCAGAAUUCUUAUGGGGAACAAAGACCACUGAAGUACAUUGAUGCUAUUGGUAGAGACAUACAACAUGAAAUUGAAGGACAUUCUUAAUGGGGGACUGAGAUUUCCAGUGCGGUAUUGUGAAAUGCAUUUUGAUUGCAACCAUUAUCUAAUUCUCUUAGAUUCACAUAAUGCCAGUUACCUAAUUACUUAACUCUUUAUCAUUCAGAUUACUCUGUCAAAUGUAACGCUUAUUUAUUAACAUUGUUUUGAAUUAAUCAUGCAUAAUCUUGUACCUUCAAGAUUUUGAUGAUGUGAUUGUUUAUAUUUAAGAUGAUGUAGAGUAGGUGUGAGAAGGCCAGAUCUGGCCAGUUUGAACAUAAAACAAGUAAAAUAUUUGGGCCAGAUAUGGUUGGUAUAAAUGAUAAAGGGUUAAAAUCUAAUAAAUGUUCAGUUGACAAACAAACAUAUUUUUCUGCUGUUUUAUUCUUUUCAUUAGGAAAAUUAAUAUCUUUUCAUAUAACAAGGCCACCUUAUAUUUAGCAACAUGCAUUAUAUUAAGGUACAUAUUGUAUCUAUGAUGGUAGACGUAGAAGUCCUGAUUUUCUAUGGUACUGUAGUAUAACCAGCAAUGGUAGAAAUAAAAAUCAAUAGUUUGGAUGCUGAAUGUCAAUUUCAGAAUUUCCAGAAUUUUUGGAAUCAUUUUCACAUUAAUUUUAUUUUUUAUAUAUUUUUAUUUAAUUUUUAACUUUUUAAUCUUUUUAGAUCCCAGUUUUCACUCAAUAUUUUCAUUUCAAUGUCUAAACUGCUUUUUUUUUUAGCAUUCCUGAAAUAUUCACAUUGCUUUUCUCCUCUCUGUGUGUGUGUGUGUAUGUGUAUGUGUGUGUGUGUGUAUGUGUGUGUGUGUGUGUGUAUAUAUAUAUAUAUAUAUAUAUAUAUAUAUAUAUGAUGUGUGUGUGUGUGUGUUUAUUAUGGCUUAGGCAGAAAUGUUAGAACAUUGGCAAAAAUGCUUUGUGGUGUUUGUUUUGACCCUUUAUUUAUUUUCUGGGAUCAAAUCCAGCCAAGAGCAAGUUUACCUUUUAAUUUUUGGGGGACAAUAAAAUAAUGAUUAAUGACUUGUAGACACAUGGUAUUUCAUUAUGCAACCAUAAUAUGCUACAAAGUAUAUUAAACAAUUUUAUAAGUCAGUACCGUGUACUACAGUAUUAGCAGUGCACUUAAAUCUGUAGAAAUAAAGUACCAGGGAAGUACUGAGGAAAGGUGGAGGACUAAGCUAUCCACUCCUAAAAUUCCUUGUUUUGUGCUAGCAACAAUUAAAAAUCUCACUUUGAUCAUUUAUAUCUUUUAAUUGUAGGUUUCUCAAAAUUUCUUAUUAGUGCUUAGUGUAAUAAUAUUUUGAGGAGCACUGUAUCAUAAAUGUUUAACCUUUUAGCAUUCAGAUUACUCUGUCAAAUUUAAUACCUAUUAAUUUGCAUCGUUUUGAAUUAAUCAUGCAUUAUUCUGUAACUUUUAAAUUUCAAAGAUGUGAUUGUUUAAUUUUUUAGAAUGACAUUUUAGGGUAGAUGUGAGAGGCCAGAUUUUGACAGUUUGAACAUAAAACAGAAUUUUUGAGCCAGAUAUGGCUGGCUUAAAUGCUAAAGGGUUGAAAACCUUACACUUCUGUAUGACAUUAACUCUAUGGGUGUUUGGUAGUGUAACAUUUUUUUAUAUUUUAGAAUAAAAGCACAGAGACAUCUCUAUGUCUCUGUUUCGAAUCAGCUGCUUGCCAAAGCCUCCCAGAGUUUUAAUUUCCUUAUGCUUGGUGUCAUCCUUCAGCUUCCAAACAACAAAAAAACACACUAAGUUCCCAGAAUCUGUGAUUGGUUAUUUGAUUUUUAUGUUCUCUGCUCUUCCCCAUUGCCAAUCCUUUACUGUUUUCAAGUGAGAUAAUAUUUCUCCCUCGAAAGAUUGGAAAUCAAGGGUACCCUUGUAUGAUAGUGAUUAUUGUUUAUAACUAUCAUACAUUGUCAAGACAGGGAGACAUUAACACACACACUCACAUACACACACACGCACAUCUGUACACACACUUAUACAUACAUACAUAUACACACACAUACAUACAUACACACACACACACAUACAUACACACAUACACACACACACAUACAUACACACACGCAGAGGUUUGGUGAUAUAAGCAGGAAAACUUCUGUUGAUAAAAUACACACACACAGUGUGUGUAUGUGAAGGCGCAUGGCUUAAUGGUUAGGUAUUGCACUCACAAUUACGAGAUCGUGGGUUUGACUCCCAGACCGGCUGUUGCGUUGUGUUCUUGAGUAAAGCACUUCAUUCCAUGUUGCUCUGCGAUCAUUUCGACACCUUUACAGGUAAUGUCGAUCUGAUGGAGGGAAUGAGCUUAUGUCUACACAAAC